AUGUCAUUUGUAGGAAUUGAUGAUGGGCACAGACGAAAGCUCGAGGGUCAGUCAAGGAGAACUAAAGUGAUCAGCAACAAAGAAAACCACGAAAGCUCCGUGGACGUAGGUCAAGGAGAGUUGUACUCCCCAGCUCACGCAAUCGAAGUAAGCAGCAACGAAGAAAACCGAGACGAAAAAUCGUCGUCGGAGCAACCAAGGACGACGUCGAACGCGGCGGUGGGAGUGGUGGAAGCAACAAAGGAAGUAGCAAUGGACAUGAAGAGGAACUUGGGGGCCGUCAAGGAUAAGAUACUGGAGAAGCUUGCGGCACACGCACCUGCUGUUCCCGCUGAUGCUUUGGACAACGUGCGCCACUUCUUGGAGAGUGUUGUCAAGGACGUGACCGACGCUACCGGGGUGGCCCGUGGUGUCACCACGGAUGCGUUGCACUGUAUCAAAACUCAACUUGGUGACAUGCUGCCCAACCUCUCUCCAGACGCCACCAAGAAGGUCUCCUCCUUCUAGCUUUACGUUCUCUGUGUGUCAAUUUGAUCUAGAUGUAUUAGUUUCUACAUCCCAAGCCAUUUUUACUCCAAAUUCAUUACUUUGCUAUUGUUAGUACGUAUUUACUUUUG